CUUGAGAGCGGUCUUUGAAAACUACGUUUUUAUUAAACAACCCCCCCAAUUAUUUUCAAUAAUUAGCAACCGUUUUAUAGGAGCGAUAAGGCACGAGAGGCUGUGCGACUAAAGAACAUAUUAGUACCUUUCUAUAUUCAUAAUGCAGCAGCACACUUUUUGAGUGCAUUUUUUCCCCUCUUAUUUCACUUUUCGUUUAACGUUACAUAUGUAAAUUUACAAAAGCUGGUAAUUCCAGCUGCUUUUUGUUCAGUUUACAAAGCAACUCACAACGGAGAUGCUGGAACUAGUUAGCGCCUUGAUUAAUGCAUCUGUGUAAUUUUUAAGCGAUUAGUGUCCUGCAUCAAUCACGAGCAGGGAAGCUAUGACUGAAGUUUCCCCAGAAAUCUGUCUCCCCACCCCCAUUGCUCAAUACUUCAUUUCCCAUCAUGCUCUCUUAGAAGGCUUUUUUUCCCUUUCUUUUCACAGAAAGCAGUGAAAUCAGAAGUUGGUUGGCUGCUUCACUGAAGCGAUGGACGUGUUUUGAUCUGUCGGUAUUUUAAGUCACUGAGCCUCAGUAACCGGGCUGACUUGUACGCAUGUGAUUCACUAUGCCGGCUCGAAAGAAGGAGUGCGGGAUUAAACGGGCGAGCGGAUCCCUGAUCCACUUCAGACCGCCAGUGAGCGCGACCACCGUUCGCCGACACUCCGCCGUCGUUCCGUCGGUGCUGACGUUCGCCGUGAUCGUGGCAUCCGGAGGCCUGUUGCUCAUGAUAGAGAAGGGAAUGCUGAACAGCGUGCAGACUCCGCCGCCUCGCGCCAACGGGAAGAAAGUGGAGUACCGACCGAGGAACAGCGACGCGGCUGUGGACGUGGAGUCUCAGAUUGUACAAGAGAUCCGCAAUCGCACCAUAAGAUCGAUGUGUGGUCAGAAGAACAUGCCUCACAGCGUGUGGUCUCUCAGUCCGCUGCAGAGGAAGAGUCUCCUCCAGCACAUACUGGUGAACGACGAGCAUCGCUUCCUCUACUGCUACAUCCCCAAAGUGGCCUGUUCCAACUGGAAACGAGUGCUGAAGGUGCUGAGUGGCGCGCUAGCCAACGUGGAUGUCAAAGUGAAGAUGGACCAUCGCGCUGAUUUGGUCUUUCUUUCUGACUUUCCGCCCGAAGAGAUUCGCCAUCGACUACGGCAUUAUUUUAAAUUCAUGUUCGUGCGAGAGCCGAUGGCACGCUUGCUUUCAGCCUAUCGCAACAAGUUUGGCGAAAUUGAGGCGUAUCAGCGAAAAUACGGUGCGGAGAUCAUACGCCGCUAUAGAAAAGGCUACGCAAAGGAUAAAAAAAUAGCAGGGAACGACGUGACGUUCACCGAGUUUGUGCGUUAUUUGCUCGACGAAGACCCGGAGCGAAUGAACGAACACUGGAUGCCCAUCUACAACCUGUGCCAACCCUGCGCCAUAGGAUAUGACUUCAUAGGCUCGUACGAGAGGCUGGAGAGCGACGCCGCUUACGUGCUGGAGCGUGUCGGAGCGCCGCAACACGUACGCUUCCCUGAACGCCAAACAUGGUACAAACCCGUUACCAAAGAAACGCUGCAUUAUUACUUAUGCACUGUCCCACAGAAGUUUCUCAAAGAGCUCCUGCCCAAGUAUAUUUUGGACUUCUCUCUGUUCGGUUAUCCUUUACCCAACACAACCACUGAAUACUGCAGGCAUUAACAAAGGCAUUGGUUUAUACCAGCUUUGUGAGACUGUCUAUAAUCGUUCAAUAUGUUAAUAUUUUAAUACUUUAACAGUUUUUUUUUUUUUUUACCUGUACAGAAUCGAAAAUAUAUUUGAAUAUAAGCCUCAGUACAGUGUAUUUGAGAGCUAUUUAAGUUCAAACCACUAUUUAAAACUGGAAAUACUCGAUCAGCUAUUUUUAUUCAUGAGAUGCAGUAGGGUGUCCAUGUUAACGGGCAUAAAAUGAAGAACAUUGUGCUGUGCGCAAGACUAUUGUGAGAGUUUUAUAUUAGUAAGCACAAGCUUCCACCAUUUUUUCACUUGUCAUUGCAGUAUUAAAGGUUCCAGUGUUUUUCUUUUUGGUUAUUUGGAUAAUCAUUACCUCUGCGGUCACCCUUAUGAUGUUGCUGAUUAAUCCUUUUACAAAAUGAAGUGUGAAACCCAUAGAGAGAAAAUGAGUCUCUAAGUAGCAUUUGAGGCUGGAUCUGUAUCUACUGAAUUGUGUUGCGAGCGUGUUGAGUUUCAUCCGAACAAAACAAAUAUUUCUGACCACAAACUUGAACCCUUCCCCAUCUGCCACUUCCUCUGAAAAGAUGAGACUCUGAGUUGAAUCCCUUAAGAGAUUACGAGGAAUGCAGUUUCACAUCCAAAAGCAGAAGUACUGUACAAUGAGGAAAUAAAAAAAAUCUUUGAAAUCCACAAGCUGGAUUUCUUCGGAUAAUGUUUUUUCUUGGUCUGAACAUAAUAUUUAUAUUAAAGAAAGCCAGUAACACAAGCAUAAUGGUGAUUUAAAUCCUACCGAAAAACGAGAAAAAGUGGGAGAUGUGAAAGCUCAUAUGACGCCCAAAAGGUCAGUCUGGAUAAUACACAGGGAUACCAGGAAAUCAAUUUAGGGGCUGUUCACAUCAAGAACUACAACGAUAACUACAUCCAUAAAGUAUUAAAAAUCGUUGUGUAUAAGAAUAGCAAAGAAGAUCAACAAUAUUGUUGAUUCACUUUUCAGAGCAUUUCUAAUCAGAGGUUAUGAUUAGAUUGUGGGAUGUUAUGAUUGGUUAUCAGCCCAGCUAACAGUUUUUGGUUCUCAUAACACUCUGGGAAUGUUAAUUUUUGUUAGAAAAAUAACCAACAGAGAAUAUUACCAGAAUGAGAAAACGUGAAGUUAGGAAAUGUUCUGUG